AUGACUACCGACCGUUUCCGCGAGACGGCUGUCCGCCAUGCCCGCAUUCUAGAAGACCAAAAGCGGGUGAAAGCUCAAGUGACCGAUCUAAUUCUGGAAUGCUUCGAUCUCCCCAGCAAGCCAGAUGUGGGCCCUGUCAAUCCAAUACCUGCCGAUGCCAAAAUCUUCGGUAAAGCAUUAAGCCUCUUCCAGCCUACUGACUUCGACGAGUUGGUAUCCGAGCGCAACAUUGACGACCGAUGCGGCUAUGCGCUCUGUCCCAAGCCGAACCAAAAAGCGCGCAAUGGUGGGAAUAAAGUGUGGAACGGGAAAGGUGGAAAGGACUUCCGGCUCAUUGAUCGCGCAGUGGUAGAAAGAUGGUGUUCGGACUCCUGCAAGGCUCGCGGAGAGUUUGUCAAGGGUCAACUGAGCACCGAGCCUGCGUGGCUUCGAGACGUGACGGACACAAAGGUCACUCUGCUCGACGAUGUUAAGAACACCGCCGAUCUUUCAAUGGCCAUUCGGGACAUGAGUAUCGAUGCAACGGCCAAGGACGACAUCACCGCGAAGCUAAAGGAGCUGUCUUUAGAGCGUGGAGAUGGUGGAGUUGAAGCGAAAACGGGCGACUUUGCGAUCGUUGAGAAGGAGUCCACCAGGGCCAGCGAGCCGCCACAACCAGGAGGCCAAGAUACCAUUGAAGGUCACGACCCACGGAAAGUGCGCUUCGGUAACGCGUGA